AUGGAAGGCUUACUGCAUAGUAUUAAUCAAAUUAAGAUUGAUAUUGAGGGGAUUUUAUCAAGGGGUAAGUUAGAUGAUUCUAAGGAUGGAAUCAGGGAACAUUUAGAAAAGUUAAGUCUGGUAAACAUUAAUAGGCAGCUUUUGAAAAGUACCAAGAUAGGAGUCUUAAUGACCACUGUAAAACGAAACUAUCAGUCUAUUAAUAUUAUGGAUAUAGCAGAUAUGGCUGAUAAUUUGAUAAGGAAGUGGAAGAAUUCACUUGCACUUGAAGGCAAGGAAAGAUCUCAAAGUAGUCAAAAAAGUGAUUCAGAAUCCUUACCAAAAAAAGUAGCAAAAAUUGAUGAGUCUUAUGGACUAAGAACUCCAGAAAAAGAGGAUAUAUCUGAGACGGCAAGUAUAAAAGUGAAAAAUGUUCACAACUCUUACACUGGUCCAUUAACUGGAGAACCUCUAAGAGAUAAAGCUAGACAGUUUUUAUGGAAAGCUUUUGUAAUGGGAGUACCAGUUUCUCAAGCUGAACUGAUGGAUCCCUCUCAAGUAUGUGAGAUCUCAGCUGAGGUUGAAUCAGCGUUGUAUAAGGAGUAUAUUAUCAAACAAGGGAACUCAGUGAGAGAUUAUAAUUUACAACUAAAAACAAUAAAGUGGAAUCUAGGUGAUCUGAAGAACCCUGAACUAAAUUCUAAAUUAUAUAUUGGAAAAAUAACUCCAGAUGAAAUAGCAACUAUGCACAGUAGAGAGAUGGCCUCAGAAGCUAAACAAAAAGAAAGGGAGAAACACAAACAAGAAAGUUUAGAGGCAUGUCAAUCUGAUUGGGAUUUACGAAAUUUAGUACAAAAAGAGGGACAGUUUACUUGUGGAAAGUGUAGAACGAAUAAAACUACUUAUUUUCAAAUGCAAACUAGGUCAGCUGACGAACCAAUGACUACUUUUGUGCGUUGUCUGAAUUGUGGAAAUAGAUGGAAAUUUUAA